UAAAGUGAAAACAGAGAGAUAGAUCGGAAAUCCAGAUCAGCGCGUUCAAAAUUCGCGCGGGUCAUAAAAUUACUCUCUGUGAUUAAUAGUGCGCUAUUUAGUUUCUCAUAUCUACAAGACGCUAAAAAAAUUACGCGUUCAAACGUCGCAGAUUCCGUCGAACUGAUUCUCUCAAAGUAGAUCUUUUGUAAACUUGACUGGACGCCAUCUUAAUUUCUGCGUACUCCGUUGCGUGAUUUUUAUUUAAAUUUGUAUUGAAUAGAGAUUGCUUAUACACGCUUAUUAUACAUAUACGCUAAUAUCAAAUACAGCGCUAAUGACUGUCAACUGUCACGUAUAAUCUAAAAAAAAGAAAAAGAAGCGCGUAAAUCCGAAUGCACCUCACGAGAGUACACUCGAAAGUUCGAUUAUAUCGAAAGCUGCAAUCGAUACAACUUGAAUAUGCGCAAUGCAAAUCGAUUUUGUUAUCACCGUUUUGUUCUGACAGUUUGGUUUGCGUGUUUAUUUCCGUUCAUGUUUUAUGUUACUUUAAUCGUUCAUGUAUUCUGUCGCGACUAUCCACACCCAGCAUGGUCACUGAGGAGGACUGUUCCUGCACCGACACGACGGAACCAUCGAAUGUAACGUCCCUGCGUUCGGACGACGUUGCGUCGGCCGCGAAUCUUGAAGCGAACACGGUCUGCGUCGAGCAAGGAGACGACGCCGAGGAAGCCAAAAGUAUGUGUCCCUUGGCGAACAGGCAUUCCAGCGCAUAUCCUUCGUCAAUGGCAGUUUCCACGCCAAAUUUUACAUCGCGAUUUCCUUCGCGAUAGAAAUACUGAAAGAGACACUCCUCAUCCCCGCGUCUUUAAAAAAUAAUUUUAAUAUCCUUGUAAUUGAAUUUGAUAAUGAAUAAGAUUCAGUUAGUAUUCAGAAACUGCGUGCGACAACAUAAAGUUGUCUUCCUUCGCGAAACACACGGACAACUAUAACUAGGGGUCAUUGUUCUCUUCUCAAAACACGAUUAAAAUUGAGUAAAAUUAAAAUUGAGUUUAACUGAAAUUUUCAGAAUUUAAUUUCCACGCCACGUAAUUUCGGACUUUAAUCUCAGUCCGCCCCAAAAUAUUUUAACAUACUCGUAGAUGCUGACUGUAAAUGUCCCGAUGCAUCACCAAUCACCAGCUACUGCGUCUCAGCGAUACCGGAACCUGUUUCGGUUCCGGUCACGAAGCCGGAUCGCAGAUCACAGCGGACAAAGUCGAGGAGUCAGCCACCGUCUACGCCGUUCCAAGCAAGCUACCCGUGCCUCUGUCGCAGUCAUAAAAUGUAACCGCCCACUUUUUAUCCAUUAGCCGACUCAUCUCUCAAAGCAGAUUUAUCGUUUCAGAAACGGCUACGUUCUGCCUGUAAAAGUCAAGGAAGGUACGUGGACAAACGCCAUUCUCCGCUGCGUGCAAAGUUGUAAAACGUCUCUCGAUUUUCGAGAUUAAAAUAAACUUGAUAAAAUCGAGAGAUACACUUUGCGCGCGAACAUAUAAUUGAGAAAUAAGGAAAAAGACAAACUAAAUGUACAUUCUUCACUUUCUUCUUCCGUUCUUCAGGUAAACCGCAGUCGGGUCAGUUUUGGAGUCGUUUCAGUAGGAAACGACCGAGGAACGGGUACUUUGGAAAGGACAAGAUGUACGAGAUAAAGUUGAAACAAGUCCAGUGUCCGCACUACGCCAAGACACGUCCAAACGGUGCACGUAGGCAGCGUCUCCUCGGGGCGUCGCACUCGGCAUGCGAGUUUCAGUCUGUCCUCUGUCCCGAGGUCGGUGUGUCGGAAGCGAUACCGGGCACAGAUGCGAGGCACGAUCCCGGCAAAUCGAAGCCUCCUAAGCAGCCGGCCAAGACGAAACCCAAGAGAGAGGAGGACACGGAGAAGAUCGAGAUCUACUACUUCGACCAUGGGAAUUCCGCGUAUUAUCGAACGACCGAUUGCCAUCCGGUCCUAACGACGGACAGAUGCGCUGAGAAAACGGACCAAGCGGCGACUCGUUUCUGGGCGGAGAUCUUUGGCACGAUUCACAUCGGCACCGCCUUCGUCACGGCUUUCAUCCUGCAGCUCCUACGUUUCGUGCUGUACAGCGUGAUCCGACCGCUGACAGUGGGCAUACUGCAGCUGAUGGCAGACUACUUCGUGAAGCCGCUGCUGUCCAUCCUGUUCAACGCCGUCGUGCAGCCGGUGCUGAUACUGUUCUACAAUAUUUUUACGUCAUUGCGAGACCUCUGCGAGCCGAUUGCCGAGGCGAUGGGUCUGUUUCUGCGAGAGAUCGCGAAUCUCUGCGCCGCGAUUAGGAUCGUCGAGGUGAAGCACGUCCAUCAUCACGCGUCAACCACCACCGCGUGCACGUGAGCUCGUAGACGGCGAUGGAUCGACACAAUAGAUAAUGAGCGGUCUCACGCACAUUUGGCUUGCUUUGAUACGGAGAAUAAUCGUGCAACAUCUUCCGAAGGGAGGAAACUUUCGUGAAGGUCCUGGAAUACUCAAUUGACACGUAAUUUAAGAUGAAGGAUCUUUAGGGAAGAUUUUUAUGCGAACAGAGAAACGAUAGGUCUCCAACAACACGUGCCUUAACACCAGGUAUAUAUUUGGUAUUACUUUAACUUUACAAUAUUAUUAUCGUAUCAUUUUUUACAGAACAAAUUAUCUCUUAUAGCAACUAGCUUCGUCAAUAAUCAAUACUCUUUCUCUAUCGCUCCCUGGCGUUCUCCCGUUCUCUCUCAAUCUCUCCCUCAUCCUUACACGUUUCCUCUCUCUCUCUUUCUCUUUUUCAUGCUUACUCGUUCUUUUUCUCUCUCUCGCUCUCUUUCCUUUCUUUCGCAUUUCUUACCAUUUAAUAAAUUAUGUACAAUCUCGCAAACAACAAACGGAGGAACCUAAUUACAUCAUGUAGUUGUUCACACUUCGUUAUGUACAGGUACUACUGGUAUCUUUUUCCUUAUUUUUACAGAAUCGCCGUUUUCUCACUCGUAUUCAUCCACUUCCUCUUUCUCUCUCUCUCUUUCACACACACACACGCGUACACACAUCCUCUCUUUUUCUAUCACCGGCCGAUCGCAAUAAAUUCUGUUUUUCGCAUGUGGUCUAUAAAAAAAGGGGG